GCAAAACACGCGCGGAGUUGCGGAGAUAACCGGUAACGAAGGAUUGGUGACAGUUUCAGUGUUUAUUUCGGAGUGUUUUUGGAAAGAAGUCUUUUACCGAUUCGUUUUUUGUCUGUGAUCAAAACGCCGAGUGACAUUUGGUAACCGUAUUUCAAAACGUACGUUGCUCUUUUCGCACUCGUGGAGAAGAGGGUCACUGUUGGUCGUUAGUCUGUAGUAGCAACGAUCCUCCUGCAACAAAGGAAUAUUUCAGUUGUUUCUGUCGUUGCCCUCUUGCUUUUAGUAGAAGGGACACUACAUACUCGAUAGUUUCUCUCGUUAUCUUCAAGUGUUCUGCCUCACUCUUUGCAAUCCCUGGAGUACUUUUUGAUAUGAGACUGUGAAUCAGAAAGUAACCUCAAGUUGGAUGUUCGGAAACCAGUGAUCUCAUCUUUAUUUAUUAUAAUGACAUAAUCCUCAGUUUUUGUGAAGGAGGAUAGCAGCGUAUUGCCCCUCGUCUUGUUUAAUCGAAGGCUGUCAUUAAGGGUAAAACAACAUGUUGCAACAAAUACUGAAAGACAUGUACGUGGACCCUGACUUGCUGGCCGAGCUAGAUGAGGAACAACGGCACACCCUCUGGUGUCGCAUGCGGGAAGAGCAAGUGCGACGCUGGAAAAUAUGGGACCAACAGCACCCACCCAUCCCACCGCGCCCUCCCAAUCCAGGAAAGAAAAAAGUACAGUGGCGCACUGGCAAUGAUGGUAACGAAUGGGUAUGGGUCAUGGGCGAACACCCUGAUGACAAGAGCAUAGAGGAGAUUCUAGAGGAAGAAGCAAGAGAAGCCGCCAGAAAACUUGCAGUCAAAGAAACGGAACAACUCAGAUUAUCAGUUGACAUGGAGAUAAAAGAUUUGAACGAGGACUUCAAGAAAAACUUAUUAGAGUCAAAACCUAAGGAAAGCUCACACGGCAAAUUAGAUGAUAUUUUCUGUGCUGCAGUUCAAGGCGGAGACAAUCCAAAAAAAUUGAUCAUCCCCAUGCAAGUCUCAGAAAAAAGAGACGUCCUUCAAGAGCUAUCUCUCAAUAAAGCCCAGAAUGUCUCUGAGCGUGUGAAGCUGUGGGAACAAAAAGUGAUGGAUGAACGAACCUCUGUGAUAUUUAAAAAUCUUCAACGCAAGAAACAGGAAGCAGUUCGAGAGGCUGAAGAAGCCUCCCAAAAACAAGAAAAAGUAUGGAGAGAGCAAGAGCAAAAAGCCAAAAAAGCUGAAACCCAGAAACGAGAAAUUGCGAGGCGGGCUAGAGAAGAACACCGCAGAUCUUCCAUUAUUGGAAUUAACAUAGACUUAAAAAGUGCAGAAAAUAAUACAAUCCCCGCUGUGCAGCCUUUGCCAAGUCCAUUUCUUGAAAGCCCAUCUCCUUUAACUGUAGAUACUCAACAAUUUGACUUCAAUGAUCGAAAAACGCCAACCAAAGAGGCAAUUAUCCAAUGGUACCAAACAAGCGAAUUUCCUAGGGGAACCGGUCUUACAAGUGAUCGAACCAGUGUUGCUCCCUGGUUUCAUGGUCUAAUCACAAGACAAGAAGCCGAGUCAUUGCUGAGUACGCGCCCAGUAGGUAGUUUUCUAGUUCGUUUAUCCGAAAAGAUUUGGGGAUAUGCAAUCAGCUAUCGAGCAGUAGACCGAUACAAACAUUAUUUGAUUGACGUUUCACCAUCUCAUUACCAGUUUUUUGGAGCUAAUCAACUCAGUCACAACUCCUUAUGUGAUCUAAUCCAGUAUCAUCAAAAACAUCCGAUUACCAUUCGAGGAGGAGAGAUCCUGUAUCAGUCUUGUCAGCGAAAUAUCGCAGUGCCAAUCAUUCUUCAGGAUCUAAUGUGCAAUCUGAGAUGAGCAUUGUUUAUUUUAUGACCUGCCAUAAAUUUUACCAGUUUAUUUUUUAUCUCUUAAUGAUGUUUCUUUCCUUUUUGAGAUGUUUUGUUAAUGCGAGAGACGAGUUGCCUUGUACUUAAAAAAAGUAACACUUUAUUUAUGAGCUUCGAUCAGUGUAUAGUUUUAAGUUUGCUAUAAUUUUUAUAAUGCUGUUUUAUAAUUGAAAAAUGAAAUGUGUGAAAAAAUUUAUUUGUCAAUA